AUGGAACGGGAUGACAACUUCUCAAAACUGAUUGAUAUAACAGGAGAAAUCCUUCAAGGUAUAAUUAAUGAGAGAGUUGCGGGACUCUUAGACGAAAACAUUGCCUUCGUAACCUUUGGGAGUUGGACAGCAGUGCGGCAGCAUCUGACAAAUGACGAAUCCCUCUGGAUCGAAGGGCUAGAUGCCAUCAGAGACAGCGGACUGGAUGGACCAGCAAUUUUGUGUCAGGGACUGCGUUUGUGUAAAACUGCAAUACAUGGUAACCAAAAUCCUAUGGAGAUUGACAACCUGUGCAUAUCGCCGCGGAUAAUACUGAUAACUGAUGGAAACAUCUCGAGCCUGUCACAUCCUUCAGAUUCUUUCCAGAGUCGAGAAAGCGAUCGACAACAGAUUUACAACCUAGUGGUAGACAUGGCCAGUAAAAACUACAGCGUGUUUUGUGUACCGCUGUGUCAUCGCAAUUCACCUAGAUACCGUUUUCUGGAGAAAAUAGCUCACCUGGGAUCGGGAAGCAUCAUUAGGCCAGACGAAUUACAAUUCAUCGCAAGAUACUAUCGUAAAAUUGUUUCGGCGUUACUGUUUGGGAGUUGGCAUCUUCAUGUGUCGAAAAGGUCUUUUAUCGAAAAAUGUCUGAAAGAAUCAAAAGGCGUGACUUCAUUUACAGACGAUGAAGUGGAGGAUAUGAUGGAGAUUGUGACCAAUCCCGAUAUUCUAGGUUAUCUAAGAGCUUCUCCGAAAGAUGGCAAGUAUCAAGAGUCAUAUGAAGACUUACCUCCCUUGGGUACUCGAAUUAAACAGGGUGAACACUGGCGUGAGGAUGUGUUUUAUGAGCACCACUGUGGUCCGGGAACUGGUACUGUAGUGGGCCAAGAAGAUGGUAGUGUGUAUGUUGAAUGGGACGGUUUCGAGGAUGGUAUACAUUAUUUGUAUAAAUACGGUCUUAACGAAAUCUACGAGGUCAGAGUUCAUGAUCGACCACGCACUCCUGAGGAAGGCAAGGCAUUUCUAGUCGGUUGCUGUAUCACUAGGAUAGAAUGGGAAGAAGACGAACAUGAAGACCCGCUAGGUUACGGACUGGUGUUUGUCUCAAGUCCGCAAUUUAAGGCAUUUGGUGUUCGCUGGAAGAACGGAGAUUUAAGUUACUACAAGUAUGAUGAUUUACUUUGCUGUGUACAGGAAGAGUUGUUGAUAUCCAGCACAACAAUCGUGAAAUUGGGAACAAGCCUUUGGAAGUUUAAUCUGCUGCGACAUGUAAACAACAUAGGUUCAGGAUACAGGAACUCUGUGUCCACCAUUGGAAAAUUCUCAAUAGAGAAAUUGAAAUUAUCACCCUUACCACACCGUUUGAUAAAAAGUGGUCCAAAGGGUUCAGACUAG